CCACUGUCCUGGAUGCUGCGGCGGCUCCUAAGGUCCAACGCCCGGAGCUGCAGCUCAGGGGUUCCGGUGAUGCCGCCCCGCCCCGGCGAGUCCCCGCAAGCUGCCUCAGAGGAGCUGUCCAGGCGGAUGCAGUUCUUGCGGGAGCACGAGGUCCCCUUCUACGCCUUCCUCACAGACAGCUUCGGCCGGCAGCACAGCUACCUGCGGGUCUCCCUCCCGGAGAAGUGCAACCUCAGAUGUCAGUACUGCAUGCCGGAGGAAGGGGUCCCGCUGACACCCAAGGCCAACCUGCUGACCGCAGAAGAGAUGCUGACCACAAAAGAGAUCCUGACCCUCGCCUGGCUCUUUGUGAAGGAAGACGUCGAAAAGAUCCGGCUUACGGGCAGAGAGCCGCUCAUCCAGCCGGACGUGGUGGACAUUGUGGCCCAGCUCCAGCGACUGGAAGGGCUGAGGACCAUCGGUGUCACCACCAAUGGCAUCAACCUGGCCCGGCUGCUGCCCCAGCUUCAGAAGGCUGGUCUCAGCGCCAUCAACAUCAGCCUGGACACACUGGUGCCUGCCAAGUUUGAGUUCAUUGUCCGCAGGAAAGGCUUCCACAAGGUCAUGGAGUGCAUCCACAAUGCCAUGGAGCCAGGCUACAACCCUGUGAAGGUGAACUGUGUGGUGAUGCGAGGCCUUAACGAGGAUGAACUCCUGGACUUUGCGGCCUUGACCAAGGGCCUCCGCCUGGACGUGCGCUUCAUAGAGUACAUGCCCUUUGAUGGCAACAAGUGGAACUUCAAGAAGAGUAGCUAUAAGGAGAUGCUAGAAACUGUCUGGCAGCAGUGGCCAGAGUUGGAGAAGCUGCCAGAGGAGGAAUCCAGGACAGCCAAGGCCUUUAAAAUCCCUGGCUUCCAAGGCCAGAUCAGCUUCAUCAUGUCCAUGUCUGAGCAUUUCUGUGGGUCCUGCAACUGCCUGCAAAUCACAGCUGACGGGAACCUCAAGGUCUGCCUCUUUGGAAACUCUGAGGUAUCUCUACGGGAUCACUGAGCUGAGGCCUCCAACCAGGAGCUGCUGAGAAUCAUCGGGGCUGCCGUGGGCAGGAAGAAGCGGCAGCAUGCAGAGACAUUUUUGAUGUUCCACGAUUCCCCACCAGCCAAUCCAAGCAUUUCCUACUGGGACCCCCUCCAUGUUCAAGGUCUGAGAUCCAGAAUGAAUUUCUCCAGCCAGAUGGCCACUUUAUGGAAAGGAUACAGGGUCCCCCAGACCCCUCUUCUAGCCCAGCAGCAGCUAGGGUCUGGCUCCUUUCAGAGACACUACACUUCCCAUGCAGACUCAGAUGCCAACUCAAAGUGCCUUAGCCCAGGUUCCUGGGCUCCUGCUGCCCCCUCAGGACCCCAGCUAACCUCAGAACAACUAACUCAUGUGGACUUGGAAGGACGGGAAGCUAUGGUAGAUGUGGGCAGGAAGCCAGACACAGAGUGGGUGGCUGUGGCUUCAGCCAUGGUCCUCCUGGGGCCUGUAGCCUUCAAGCUUGUCCAGAAGAACCAGCUACAGAAAGGAGAUGCCCUGAUGGUGGCCCAGCUGGCUGGAGUCCGAGCAGCCAAGGUGACCAGCCAGCUGAUCCCUCUGUGCCACCACGUGGCCCUGAGCCACGUCCAGGUGCAGCUGGAGCUGGACAGCACGUGCCAUGCUGUGGAGAUCCGGGCAUUGUCCGCAGGAAAGGCUUCCACAAGGGUGGAAAUGGAGGCCCUGACCUCUGCUGCAGUGGCCGCCCUCACCCUGUAUGACAUGUGCAAGGCUAUCAGCAGGGACAUCGUGUUGGAGGAGAUCAAGCUCAUUAGCAAGACUGGUGGUCAGCGGGGGGACUUCCAUCGGGCUUAG